AGCGCGCACCGUCCUCAACCGACACAAGAAGCACCCUCAAGACCGACAAUGGGCUCGACGAGAUUGUACAGCAAGGGCCGCAUCCUUGGGCACAAGCGCGCCAAGCGCAACACUCGCCCGAACACCUCCUUGCUCCAGAUUGAGGGUGUGGCGACGAAGGAGGACGCACAGUUCUACCUCGGCAAGCGGGUUGCCUACGUCUACAAGGCGAAGCGCGAGGUUCAGGGCUCGAAGAUUCGGGUAAUCUGGGGGCGUGUCACCCGUCCACACGGCAACUCUGGUGUUGUCAAGUCAAAAUUCCGCGUCAACCUCCCGCCCCGUGCGUUCGGUGCUAGCGUCCGGGUGAUGCUCUACCCCUCCACGAUCUAGAUCGCUUGUACACUGCGAUCACGCCCAUGUCCCUACAGCUGUAUGGCAAUAUGAUAUGCCCUAUGCGCGCGUCUAAGCCCAUUUUUUCCAUCUGCAACCCGUUCAGUGUGAUCGUCCCAUAAAAUUGGCGAAAGUCAUUGCGAGGUUGGGUUCUGAAAGCCUGAAUAUGAGACCUGACACGAGGCGCCCCGUAGGCUCUGCCCUCCAUUCACUUGUCUCUGUACGAGAGAGCCAUGUCCUAUCACGCUUCACUUCAAAUCACUUCCCGCCGAAGUGCCUUAGGUGCACCCAUA